CAAUGAGGGCGCGUGGUUCAUCUUGCCUCGGCGCCAUUGUCCCGGAAUGUCAACAAACCACUCGUGAAGUCCUAAGGUCCCUGGCGCGGCUGUUAUUAUAUCCUUCACCGAGAUGCCUCGCGAAGACAAAAGGGCCAACUUCCUAACGGACCUAGGAAGGGCCACAAUGCGGGGAGUGCGGAAAUGCCCCAAAUGUGGCACGCUGAAUGGAACUCGAGGGUUUUCAUGCAAAAAUAAGUCCUGUGAUGUAAUUUUUAAAGAAGCUGGAGAGAAGAAAAAGCACUCGACAGAAGCUUGCCGGAUCACAGCAGGAGCAGACACUCAGAUAUACUCUGUGCGAGUGCGAGACAAAGGUCCAGACUACCGCGGCUUUGUUCAGAUUCCUCUGAUCCAGUCGGUGGAUGGGUCAGGAGACAUCUUCAUCGGGGCUGAGCCUCUCGGCGACCCAAUGCUGCUGCUGCAGAUGGGAGCACGCUGCUAUGUGGAGUCCUGCCAGAGAAAGGGUCAACAACCAGCCUUAUGUUCACACAUCCGUGCUGCCUCGCAGUGCUACAAGGACGCAACAUCAUUGACGUUGAAAAACUCGGCAUUGAAUUCCUUGCCAAUACCACAGGCAAUCAAAACUGAUAUAUGGCAGCUUGCAACGGACACUCCCGGCCCCCUGGUGCAGCGAGUCUCCAAAAACAUAAUGGUGGUGAAGUGUAAACCUGAGGCACUGUACCCACUGGGGUUUUUACAUUUCAGUUUCCAGCAGGUCCGGAACAAGGAGGAAAUAGAGUACAAGUAUUACUGUGGGUGCCGCGCCUUCAAAAUCCAGCCGGCCGCCAGGGACGUGUCCUUCCGCAAGUGUGUUCACCUCUAUGCCUGUGUGGUGGCCUUUGCCAGUGACCACAGCCUCACUCAGGAGUUUUCUUAUUACAUCAAUAUGAUACAGAAUGAUCAAGGACCAACUUCAAACUUGAGAGUGAGCAGCAGCAAUGGCGAGGACAACAGUGUCACCUUGGGGGAGAGUGAAACAAGCCUCAGCACAGUGGGAGAGAGAUCCUUCCUCAUACUGAAUGACUCUGGAGAUUCUCAGUGUCAGGUGGAAGUGGAGGUGCUUCAGGAAGACUCUUCAUCAAUAUUGGAGGGCAUUCCUAUAUCCCCGGCAGACAACCUGGUGACUCAGGAGGAUAUUGAAGGGAAACUUGAAAUUCAGCUGAGAACACCGGAGGGCAUCCACCUGCGAACCUCAGACGGCGGCACCAUAUCCGUGCACCAGAUCCCCGACACCCUGCCCGUCACCGGCAUCAAGCGCCGGCAGGACGACUCGGUGGUCCAGGCCAGCUCGGCCCUCCUCACCCUACAAGAGGGAGCAUCAAAAAAGCAAGCGUCCUCACCUAAAAGGCCUUUAACUGGAGCGUGUGCCAGAAAAGCCAAGGAACCUGUGGAUGAAAGUACCGCGUCAUUUAGUUUCAUGACAUGGCUUGGAAGUGUUACUGAAAGAAUUAAUCAGACAAUGCAUUUUGGCUUUAGUGGUAAACCAGAGCCUCUAGUGUUUCAUAUGCCAAAGCUAUUUUUUGACUGUCUAAUGGAAAGAAUAAAUGCACGAUCCAAAAAAAAGAGACUUCCAAAUCAGACACAGCAGUUCAUAAGGAAAGAGGCUGUGCCUUUAGGAAAGUUUACCAAAUAUACCUGGAAGAUCAUGAGUGACGUCCAUGUGAGGCAAAUAUUUGACAUCACUGACAUGCCACUGGAGGUGACACGGAACUUUAUUCAGAAUCGAGACGGAAGCUACAGGUUAUUCCACCAGCGUGACGAAGACUCCAUCUAUGCAAAGGGCAGCGCCAACCAGCCUCUGCUGAAGCCACAGGAGUACAAGACGAGGUUACGGGUGGGAACUCCUCCACCCGGCCAGAAAGAACCAACCCCAUUCAUCAUAGAGUGGAUACCUGACAUCCUCCCGCUGUCUCUUAUCGGUGAGUUGCGGAUAAAGUUUGAGUUUGACCACUUACACAACGGCCAGCUGCUCACGCCCCGAGAGUCACAAAGGUCUGUUGGCGGCCAGACGGUUGCCUCGGUGAGGAGCCAAGGCCCCCUGCUGGCACCUCGGCCACAGCCGCAGCCAACAUCACAAACUUCAUCUCAACUUCCUGCAGCGGAACACAUCAUUAGCAUACCAAUCACCUCAGAGACAGAAAACAUGGCAACAAUCCUUACUUUUUAAAAGAAGGCAUUAUUAGUCUCAUGCUAGUCAUUAGUAGAUGAGUAAGUCCACUGUAUUUUAUAAAACUAUGAAUUCACACUCAAAUUUCAACCUGAACAGAAUGUUUUUAUUUUAAAUGUUAUUAAGGAGCAAAUGGAGGAGAGUAAGAUAACCAGAAGGGUGUAUGUGAGAUAGAGGGAGGGAAUGUUAGAGGAUGACCUCCAGUGAAAUGGAGAGAUUAGGGUGCAGGAGUACGUUAGGGAGAGGGGUGAAAGAUCCUUGAGAAACUUUGAGCAGGCAAGGAGGGAGUGUAUGAAUAGAGAGAGAUGGAAACUCUUCUGUCGUGGCCAUCCCCUGGUGGGAACUCCUAGGAGCAGGCGUCGAUGAAAUGAUGAUGAUGACGAUGAUUAAGCUAUUUGUAAUUCUGGUUAUGCUGUCAAGUUCGGGUCUAUUUUUAACUCGUGUGAUAUGCUUUGGGUGACAGAAAUUCCCACUUCAGAGCUUCUUGUGGCAGAAAUUCCCACCCUCCGCACUCCUGUUUGGGUCCUGCACAGUGGCCUCGUGUCCAACGUGGGAAUUUGGUCAGAGGUCGUGACGCCUUGGAUGAAAUUAGAAGUGGACAAACUAAAGAAUCAAUGGGAAAAGUUGAUUUUAUCGAAGAAUUUCUGAAAAAUACACUUAACCCUUGAUUUUCCAGAUAUCGAAUUCCCCGUUCAAAGUCCAGGGUCGAGCAGUUGUUGGACACAUGCCUGUUCAAGUGUGAAAACUGAAAUAGAAUCCAGGUAAAUAAAUAUUUGUCAAAAAAAUGCAGUGUUGGACAUGAAGCACCCCAGACAAAGGUGUUGGAUGCGAGGCCACUGUACUUCCAUGACAUAAUUAUUGUGUCCAGCGGUUGACUGCAACUCCUCUCCUACAUUUCACACCACCUCUACCAGGCUCCCAGUGCACAAAUGACCAUGCUGGUGAUCCCAUCAUUUGGGUGUUGGGUCCGUCAGGUAUUCCUAGGUUGGCACACUGCCAAGUCUGUCUAACCUGACCUGACCUGAGGUACCAAUGAUCACUGACAUUGGAAGCCAGCUGUCAAGUGGUGUUUUUUAUACAAAAUCAUUGUUAUUAUCCUACAAAAUUAAACAUUCAUGACAUUAGAUGGCCUCAUUUGAGAAUUCAAUCUAUAUAGUAGAUUAUUUAUAUUCAUUUAGGUGUAGUUAACAGCUGACAUAUGAAAGAAAGAGAUGUGUGUUGGGGCUGAUGUGGCAGAGCGGUGGACAGAGGGAGUCAGCGCCCAAAUGCUCUGGACAUUUCGGGAACACUUCAUUGAAAUUACAUACUGAGACAGAUUUCCCAGUGUCCACAUGCUUGAGGGAAGGGAGUAUGCCAUUAUGCAGAUUUAUCUCUACCCCCAUCCUCUGUGAGCAUCCAAAGCCAUGUAAGGGAAAUUUGAAUACCAGUGAUCUAGGAUGGUCUUGAACAGUUACAUAAGUGUGGUGGGUGGUGAUGGAUACUGUGGGGUGGCCCGGGGCAAGGUGGAGGACCCAGGCCAAGGUCACCUGCACACAGACAAGCAAGUGUGCCUGUUUGGUCCCAAAAAAGCACCUCUUUCUAAUGUCAUAUCUUUGCUGUGCUGCAACCUAAUCACCUCUAAUGUGAAACCAAAUUGUCGAGUCCGUUUGGGCAUUGGCUCCCGUGGGUCCAUUUCUCCCCUCUGCUCUGCCACACAGUCCCAACACCUAUUUUU